AUGUUGCUCUCCUUGCUCACCGUCUCUCUCGCGGCGGGCUCCGCUCUCGCUGCUUCCACAGAUGAUUGGCGGAGGAGGUCCAUAUACCAGCUCGUGACGGAUAGGUUCGCGACGUCGAACGACUCCUCUCCGACCUGUGAUACCGAUGACCGUGUUUACUGCGGUGGUACCUGGCAGGGUAUCGUCAACAAGCUGGACUAUAUCCAGGGCAUGGGUUUCGACGCCAUCUGGAUCUCACCCAUCGUGGCCAACGUCGAGGGCUCGACCGGGGACGGAGAAUCCUACCAUGGGUACUGGACGGCGGACCAGAAUUCGCUCAACAGUCAUUUCGGUACAGCCGACGACUUGGUCGCCCUCAGCUCUGCGCUGCAUGCCCGCGGGAUGUAUCUCAUGGUCGACGUGGUUGUGAACCACAUGGGCGGCACGUCGGUGCCUCCGGACUACUCAACCCUCGCGCCGUUCAACUCGGAGUCGAAAUUCCAUCCGUUCUGCUGGAUCACGGACUACAGUAACCAGACGAACGUCGAGCACUGCUGGCUUGGCGACAACAGCGUUCCGCUUGUGGAUGUCAACACCGAGGACGACUCAGUCGUUGACUUCUUCAAUAGCUGGAUUGCGGGCAUAGUGUCAAACUACAGCGUCGAUGGGAUCCGCAUUGAUACUGUUAAGCACGUUCGGCAGGACUUCUGGUCUGGCUUCGCUGAAGCCUCUGCUGUGUAUACCGUGGGCGAGAUCUUUGACGGCGACGUCAACUACGUCAGCCCAUAUACCAAGGUUCUUGGGGGCGUCUUGGACUAUCCGACAUGGUACCAACUCACGUCAGCAUUCGAGUCGACCAGUGGCUCCCUCUCCAACCUUGUCUCCACGGUUCAGCAGGCACAGUCGUCUUACGCCAAUGGCGAGUUCACCGCCGGCUCCUUCCUCGAGAACCAAGACAAUCCGCGUUUCCAGUCUAUCACCACUGACCAAGGUUUGGUCAAGAAUGCCAUGUCAUGGCCCUUCAUCCAAGAUGGCAUUCCUAUCCUCUACUACGGCCAGGAGCAGGGAUAUACCGGUGGAGGUGACCCUGCCAACCGUGAAGCAUUGUGGCUGUCGGGAUAUGUCACCCAAGAAAAGCCUCUUCUGCAGCUUGUCACUUCCCUCAACGCCGCUCGCAAAGCGGCGAUCGCGGCGAACAGCAACUACUUGUCGACGGCUCUCACGUUCCCCUCCGUUGAGGGCUCGACGCUUGCGGUGCUAAAGUACCCGAUGCUCGCUCUCCUGACAAACGGAGGCAGCAGCUCGACGCCGUCUUGGAGCGUCUCUGGGACGGGCUAUGAUGCCAAUGAGGCCCUCAUCGACGUACUGACCUGCACUACAUACACGGCGGACGGGUCCGGGGGUGUGAGUAUCACUGGGUCUGCGGGAGAGCCAGUAAUCAUCUUGCCUACCAUCGCGUUCAACCAAACGUACUGCCAAUCCCUCUCGGGCUCUUCCUAAAAUCUGCGAAGCGUCGUUCCGAACGUUCCUCCUCGCAUCAUCCUUCGCUCUGAGAUCUACCCUCCCGUCCAUUUGUUUACGUCAACAGCUGGACUGAGCUUGAAAACCUUAUCUCUAGCUUUGUUGUCGAGACACGCCAUCCGAGCUAUGGCGGUCUCGUAAAUCAGUUGUUUCAGGUGGUGUUGUCUCUUCGGUUCCAUGUAAGUUAUCACUUUGCGCAACGUAGUCAUCGUGUCAAUGAUGAUACCAAUGUAUAUACACUUGUGCGUUCGUGUAAUGACGACCAUUGAAUAUUGAAAUCUCAAGUUGGCCGUCACGGUGGUGUUACGCUGUGGAACAUAGCUAGACCGUCACCCAACGCAGCCCAACG